UCGCAGAAUUUUUGUUGUGUUCUUCAGAGCCUAUGUUAAAUUGAAUUUUCAAAGAAUAAAACUGAUUAAUUUUUGUAAUAUUCUGCAGAAUUAACAAUUAUUGCAAAUUCGAAAUGAAAACAAAAGAACAAAAUAUCCGAAAACGAAAAACUGAUUCUCCCACUAAGGAAAAAAGCAAUGUUACAGAACCGGCGACCAAAGAUCCGCAAAAGAAAACCAAAUCUGGAAUCAACUUUCCGGAUUUGGGAAAAGCCACUCGUUCAACAACCCACCGAGUCUGGACUCGCUCGGUAAUGAUAAUCUCCGUCAUGACUGUUGUCUAUUUCUACACAAAAGACACCAAAGAAAUCAAAUUCGCUCCCCAAAAGGAGACAAUUCCACUGCGAAUGCAAAAAGUCCCCUGUUCCGCAAAAUAUUUAGCAGAAAUGAAAGAAUAUCCUAAGUGCGUCCCAGCGACUUGUGGACGAUUUGUCUCCGACUCACUCAUAACCAAAGGCGAAUCCCAAAUUUUACUUAACCUCGUUAAGGAGGUUAUCAAACACGGCGGCUCAUCAGGAGGAGCAUCUAUAUUGGAUUUACAUUCGGGUGCCCUGUCUCAAGGUGAGAAAUUCAUCAAUGUCUAUAGUUUGCCACAGACAAAGGAAGCCUUCAAAAAGGAAACCUUGAUUACAUAUCGAAUGGUUAAGUCGAAAAUUAAGGCAGCUAUAGCUCAGCGAUUUGAUAUUGAUGCUGAUAGUUUACAUCUGACGCAUCCGACUUUCUUUUCAAGAAUCACAAAUGCAACAGCGAAAACAAUGCACGAUGAGUACUGGCAUCCCCAUGUGGAUAAGGAAACGUAUGAAUCAUUCCAUUAUACGUCUCUCUUAUACCUGAAUGACUAUAAAAAAGAUUUCAAUGGUGGAAGGUUUUUGUUCAUCGACGGUAUAGAUAAAAACAAAACUAUUUCGGCAGUUGAACCGAAAAUGGGACGUGUCAGUGCAUUUACAUCGGGUUCGGAGAAUCUUCACAAUGUUGAAAAAGUCACUGAUGGGACUAGAUUUGCCAUCACGAUCUCAUUUACUUGCAAUUCUAAAUUUGCAAUUACUGAUCCUAAACUAAGUGUUGAUUAGGAUUGCUCUGCGGAGAAAGAUGUUACAAUUUUUCAACAGGAAGAGGGGGAGAAACAUAUCAUUCCAGUUAAAGUUCCAAGCUGUUUUAAUAUUCUUUAAUUUUUGUAUUAUUUAUAGACGUGUGUUUUUUUUUCAAUUAACUUUUAAAUUAAAGAAAAAUGCAUUAA